UCCACUGCAGACGAAAUAGGCUAGGUGUAAGGUCGAAGAUGUUUAUUUUCUGUGUUACAGUCCAUGUGUGUUAAAAUGACGGCCACGCUCCCGAUGGCGUUAAUGGAAAGGUAGUUGGACCAGGAAAGAGGCGCAGCAUCAGCAGCAGCCUUUAGGAGUAGUGACAAUGGAGGAGGUGGACCUGAAUGAUCAGUCAGCAACUUCGCUGGCUAAUUCGGAGAUUGACCUUAAUGCAGAUGAUGUUGCAGACGAAGGGCCUGAUCCCCGAAUACAGGUUGAGCUUGAAAAACUUAACACCUCUACUGAUACUAUCAACAAAUUGGAAGUAGACCUAGAUGAAGCUCGAAUGUUAUUCAGGCAGCUAUUAGCUGAUUCAACCCAGCGUAUUGAUGUUCUUGCUAAAAGAUUAGGAAAAUGUGUCGAGCAGUCACGGCCGUAUUACGAGGCUCGGAUCCGAGCCAAGCAGGCACUGACAGAAACUCAGUUAGCUGCUGUACGCUACGAACGAGCUAUGAGUCAACAUGCAGCUGCUCGGGAAAUGGUGUUUUUGGCAGAGGAGGGAUUGAUGCAGAAAGGAUGUACUUUUGACCACACAUGGCAAGAAAUGCUUAACCAUGCCACAUCAAAGGUUAACGAUGCUGAACGUGAGAAAAUUGAAAGUGCAGCAGAGCAUCGCUGCACUUCCGCCUUGUACCACGAAGCUGAGACAAGAGUUAAAAGUUUACAAAAGGAAUUAAAACGAGCCAUUGCAAAAUCUAGUUUGAAUGCACGUCGCAGCCUGUUGCAAUUGAAUAACCUUGCGAGGAUGCACCAGCUGCAGCUGCUACCUUAUUUUGAGUUGAAGGCAGCUAUAAACCAGCAGCUAGAAGCUCAGAAACAAAGAGUGCGACAGCUAGAAGAAAGUGUCACUGGAGCCAAGAUGACUUAUGCUCAGGCCCUUGCCAACCUUGAGACCAUUUCUGAUGAAAUUCACAGGACCCGCCAGUCUCAAUUAGACUUGGGAAUUCGUGGUGUUGGUGUCGGAGCAGAAUCUCCCUUGCCUCCUCUCCAAGCAGUAGAUGGGGGAAUACCUCUUUCUGGAAAUCCUCUCCAUUAUGCUGGGUCUAGCUUAGACUCAGACACCCAAGACGAUUAUAAAACUCUGCCUGGAAAACUGGGAUCAGUAGCUGCACCAAUAAUGUCGUCUGUGAUGACUCCUGAAGCAGCUCGUUCACUUCUUGCUAGAACCCCUUCUACCUCAACUAGUAAUAUGCCUACUGAAAGUCUUUCCACCACAGUUUCAACAUUGCCCAAAACGACAGAUAUCUCAUCCACUGCAUGUACAACUGCGUGUGAUGUUGCACCAAACAGUGUAGUGGUGGAUGCAGGAGAUAUGGUUGUUGAAGAAGUAGAUGGGGCAACUGCAUGUACAGAUUUAUCAGGCUGGCAGGUAAUUGGUUUAGGCAGCCCAGCUCUCUCCUCAGCCCAGUAUUUGACAGUGGAGGAACCGUGAUUCAACAAUCUCGGAC